AAAUUAAUUUUUUUUGUUGUUGUUGUUGAAAAUAUUUCAUUGUAAUAAAAUGAUGAUAAGCUUUUUAAAAUACACACUGUAAUAUAAGAAACAACUAUGCAUACAUGACCAGUGUGUAUAAAGAUGCGCUGUCGAAGGUCGUUGUAUAUCUGUAGAUGAAAAAUGGCGCUAAAGGAUGGAAUAUAGGUUUGGAAAGAUGAUGAUGAUGAUGCUGAUGAUGAUGAUAAUGGGAUCAAAUAUAAUUAAUUAUUGUUAAUUCUAAGUCAAUGGAAAAAUAAUAAGAAUCAUGUUCUGUAUCACUUAGAUUAAUUAGUUGGGGAUUUUGUUAUGAUGGAUGCAAGUUCUGUCGAGGAUAAAGAUGUAUCUUUUAGUUUGGGGGAGAUGUUUGAUAGUUAUGAAGAAUUGGAAAAUAAAUUGGAGAAAUUCUCUAAACGCAGUCUUGUACAUUAUUGGAGAAGAGAUAGUAGAACUGUCAGUGGUGCACAUAUGAAAACAGCUAGACCUAUUAGUGAACGUUUAAAAUAUUAUUCAGUCAAAUACGCGUGUAUCUAUGGUGGUCAAAAGUUUCUUCCACGUGGUGCUGGCAGAAGACAAUCUCAAUCAAUUAGAACUAAUUGUCCAGCACACAUUAUGCUUAGAGCGUCAAAAGAUGGGACUAAGCUGGAAGUAACUAGUGUCAAUAAUGAACAUAAUCACGAAAUUUCUGAAGAAUUGUUUAAGAAUUUGCCACAAGAGAGAAAGCUUUGUGGUGAGAUCAAACAAGAUGUACAAGAUCUUAUGCGAUUGCACAUAGAUCGUAAAAGAUUGAAAGAGUAUGUCCGUUUGUGUACCAAUAAAAUAUUACGUUCUAAGGAUUUAUUUAACAUAGCUGCUGCUAAUAAACAAAAGAAAGAAAUAACUCCCGAAAGAGCCUAUCAGUUGUUUAAAAAGAUACACGAUAUUGAAAAGCUGCAACGUACCAAAAUGGAAAGGAAAUUGUGUUCGGAAUCUGAAGAUGAGAUUGCAUUGACGAUCAAAAAAAUAAAGAAAGAACAAGAGUCACCGUGGGGUCAAGAUAAUUCUUUUUUUCAGGGACUGUCGCCUGAGUUAGAGGUAAGCGAAGGAAACGAUGGUGAUGAUUCGUAUGGUGGUCAAUUGACUCAAGAAGAAGUGGUAGAUGAAAUAGAUCCAACGGAUAAUAAAUUGUUGGCAACAAGUAAUGAGGGAGAUAUAAUAGAAACUAAUAGAGAAAUAGUAGGAGAAUUAGUAAUGGAAGAUGGUGAUCCAUCAGUAAUAGUUGAGUCUAUCGUUAAUGUGGAUGGUUCAGUUUUUGUCGAUGAACGUGAUUUCAAUACUUAUUGUAGUAAUCAUUUAUCACAUACAGUUGACGAUAAUCAGUCUCCUAGUUCUCAAGUUUUAGGUAUAGAUUCUAUAACGUCACCAAACAAUAUAGGGACAAUAUCAAAAGACUCUACAUCACCUAGUCAUAAAAUACAGAAUACAUCAACAACACCACCACCACCACCCCAUUCAACGUCAAAAUCACCCGAUGAUUUUAACGAAAGCGCAGAUUCUAGAAUUUGGAUUAUGAAGGAGGCAACUUCUGUAGAAGCAGAAAUUGAUAGUAGUCAUGAAAGUGAAACUAAUGUAUCAAAAUGUGCUACUGUUAUGAAAGGAGAUAUUGGUAACACUGAUGUUGUAUUAACUAAUGCAGCGGAUCAUCAUUUGUUGCAUGAACAAUUAGCUGUUCUUAGAGCGGAAAGGGAAAAGUUACGUCAUGAGACUGAUAUGUUAAAGCUUAAGAAAGAUAAAUUAAAAUUACAAAUAAGUUGUUAUGCAAGUGAGCUUAAGAAACAGGAAAUGGAGAAGGAAAAAUUGAGAUUAGAAAUUAAAUUAUUACAAUCUAAAGCAAUGGAAGAUAAUGAUGUGUCUCAUUAUAUUUUUGUGCCUUGACCAUUCAAAACAAAAACAAAAAAAAAACAAACGAAAACUAGCUUUGUAAGAUCUUAUUAAUUAGGAUAUAAAAUAUAAGAGAUAUUAGAACAGCGCACAACAGGUUAACGUAGUAAGGAGAGAUUACAAUAUCUUAUUUAAUAAUGGAAAAGAAAAUUCUCCAAAAUAUAUAUUUUCAAAAUGAAUAAAAUUCUUUAAA